GGUGGUGACAGGACUGUCAGGGUCAGACGGCCCCCUCAGCCUGAUUAGACCAGCUCACAGCAGAUCCUCAGCCCAGCACACUGAACUGCAAGAACAGAGCGGAGCUACAAACUGGCACAUGCUGCACGUUGCAGUGAUUACUAGGCAGGCCAGAGGGGAAAGGGAGAGGUGUGUAGUUUAGAUGUUUUAGUGGGGCAGAGCUACAGGUUGUUGCAGAAAGACUUUACCAACAAGACUGGACCAACAGUGACCUCUGCCCUUGUGGCAAAAAAAAAGACACUAAAAGCAGGUUGAUUUUUACUUUGGGAGAUGAACUUGAUUUUAUCCUAGUGGAGAGGACAUCAAAGAGCCACGUGAUCCACUGGUUGAUGGAGUUUGUGCGGCAGAGUGGUGACUACUGCCACGCUCAACACAUUUAGACCCUGUGUAGGAUGAUGCUACAUCAUGCAGUCCUGGGGCCAUGACCUUUGAAAAACCACUGGCCUUUGCCCUCUGGACCUGCCAGCUCAUGGGGUAGCAUAGUGGAGCAGUGACACUGAACGCCAACUGAAGAGAAAAGGAAAGAGAGAGUGACUGAGAGAGAGAGACAAAGAAAGACAAGAUCAGUGAAAAUCACUGGGAAAAAAGGAGCUGAUACUCUUUAGCCUCCUGGACUAUAGGAUACAAUCAACAGAUGGGAUAACAGUUAACCAACAACAAGGCCUCAGAACUUGGAAAAUUAAUUAAAUCAUUAGAAGAAGACAAGAAUCUUGGUCUUACCUGGAGAUUAAUCUGUGUUGCUGAAGACAGAUCCACUAUCUGCUGCAGCUGGAACUAAAGGUCAAAGCUUCACCCGGGGGGUCAAAGGUUACACUAGCCGCCAUGAACCGUCCAGCUCCAGUGGAACUGUGCCACAGAAACAUGAGAUUCCUCAUCACACACAACCCCACAGACAGCACACUCAGCUCCUUCAUAGAGGACUUAAAGCGGUAUGGGGUCACAACCGUGGUGCGAGUGUGUGACAUCACCUAUGACAAAACAUCAAUUGAGAAAGACGGCAUUACUGUAGUGGAUUGGCCGUUUGAUGACGGAGCCCCACCACCAAGUAAGCUGGUUGAUGAUUGGUUGAGUCUGCUGAAGAAGAAGUUUCAGGAGGACCCAGGAAGCUGUGUGGCUGUUCACUGUGUAGCUGGACUGGGAAGGGCUCCUGUGCUGGUUGCUUUGGCUCUAAUAGAAAGUGGGAUGAAGUAUGAAGAUGCUAUUCAACUCAUCAGACAGAAGCGGCGUGGAGCCAUCAACAGCAAACAGCUAACCUACUUGGAGAAAUAUCGAUCGAAGCACAGACUCCGUUUCAAAGACUCUCAUACGCACAAGAACAAGUGUUGCACCAUGUGAAAACACACACAUUAUGACACAUUCACACACACAUUCAAAAACCGUGCACCCUUUAACCAAUGUCUCAGGAACAACUGUAAAAGCCCUGUGAUGCUAUCACAAACAGUGAAAUACAAACGCUUUAUGAGGCCAUCCCUGAAAUGUUCUUUGAAGUAUUCUGUUUUUAUUGAUUUCUUGUAUUUUAAUGAUUGAGACGAAUAAAUACCAGCAUGAGACAUUCAGCAUUGUGAUGGGACAUCAAUAAAUAUAUGUUAUGUGAGUCUGAUUGUUUCCAAUUAUGGCUGCUGACUAGACUUCAACACUUCAAACCUGUUAAGUAUGUUAAAAUGUUCAUUUUUCAUAUUUGUGUCCUCAGAAACAUUUAAACAGUUCUGAGACAACUAAAACAGCUGAUCACAUUCAACUUAAAAACUGAUUUUAUGCAAAUACAAUCCUAUUUACAUUUUCAAGCACAUAUUUUGCCCGAGUUUACUACACUUGUAUUUUUCCUGAAUGAUGCAUGUGCACAACUGCUUCUGCCAGUUAUUUAAAAAAAAUAUAUUUAUAUAUAUUUUUUGCUGAUGCACUUUUUAUGUUUAAAUAGGUUGCUUGUGGUAGUAUCAUAUAAGUCAUUUUCAGCCUGAUCUGGCAUCUUGAACAACAAUUUCUGAGCAAAAAUAUUAACAUGGUAAUGCAAAAUCAAAGUAAAAAGAAGCAAAUGAAAGAAAUGAAGAUGGCAGACAGGUUUGUUCAUACAUUAUAUGCAUUGGUUUGUUUGAGUGUGUGUUUGUGUAUGGGGGGGGCUGGUAGUCUUUAGAUGUUGGAUUAUUGGGACUGUCCUCAACUGGCACUUUUUUAAAUGUAAAAGAAAAAAAAAAGCUGUAAAUGUAUGUAUCUCUGUACAUUUUUGCAUUGUUUAUUAAAGUUUUUUGUCAACAUA